AGACAGUGGCGGACGCAGUCGCGCGUCGUGGUGAAUAGUGAAUACGAGUAUAUCGCAGCAUAAUAAUAUAGUAUUAUGAUAUCAUAGUGUAAUAUAAAAAUCAUCUAACAUAAAGUCCUCUCGAUUUAACCUGUCUGUGAAAUUUUACGAUACAUGCGAUGUAUAAUCGGCCGGUUGUGCGAUUCGUCUGAAACAUGAUUGUAAUCGUAUUAUAGACCAUAAUAGUUGUGCGACGUUUGGCGGAGGGCGAGUCUUAUCGUUGGGGCUUAAAGAGAUAAAAUUGAAGUUCAAUUGUACUUAUAGUAUACUUAUAUAAGUUAUAAUAUUGCGUAAAGUAUCGUAAUUGACAUUUAACAGUAUGAGAGUAGCUAUAAUCGGAGCAGGAGUUGCUGGUUUGGCUUCAGCUAGAAGAUGUUUGGAAAAUGAUUUUGAACCCAUAGUUUAUGAAAGGUCGAAAGGAGUGGGUGGAACUUGGGUAUAUGAUGAACGAACCGGAAUCGAUGAAUUUGGUUUGCCAAUCCACACAAGCAUGUAUCAAAAUCUAAUGACGAAUUUACCAAAAGAAUUAAUGGAUUUUCCAAACUUUCCUUAUACGGGUUUAGACGAUGUGUCAUUUUUGAAAUCUUGCCAAGUGCAAGAAUAUAUUGAACAAUUUACUGAACAUUUCGGACUUUAUAAGCAUAUUCGAUUUUGUAGUUUGGUGACUUCAGUGGAGAAAUUAACGAACAACUGGCAGGUGACAGCGGAAGACUUGAAAACAAAAACAUCAAAGACCGAAUACUAUGAUGCAGUGAUGGUGUGUAAUGGACAUAACGCUUUACCUUUUACCCCAGAUAUUCCAGGGAACAAUGAUUUUGAUGGCAUACAGAUACACAGUCAUAAUUAUAGAAUACCUGAACAUUUUACAAAUUUGAAUGUUCUCAUAAUUGGUAGUGGUCCUUCUGGCGUUGAUAUUUGCUCCGAUGUAUCGAAAAUUGCAAAUCAGGUUUAUUUUAGUCAUCAUAAGCCUGAAUUAAUCGAGAAAGAUUUUCCAAAAAAUGUCAUACAUAAACCAGACGUUGAGCAUUUUUCUAAAAAAUCUGUUAGUUUUAAAGAUAAAACUGAGCAGACUUUGGAUGCUAUAAUUUAUUGCACUGGAUACAAAAUUACAUUACCAUUUUUGAAACCUAGUUGUGGAAUUAAUGUUUUGAACGACAAAUUAAUUACUCCACUUUAUAAAAAUAUCAUAAAUAUGAAUAAUCCCACUAUGGGUUUCAUUGGAUAUUUGAAUUUGACUUUUGUGUUCCGGAUAUUUGACUUGCAGGUUCGAUAUUAUUUAGAAUUUCUUCGUCAAAAUUCUUCAUCGAGGUUGGAUUGUAUGAUUAAGAUGAUGACUCCGGUCACUACACAUUUCUUAGGCGAAAACAUGUUAAAUUACUGCAAAUCGUUAUUAUUGGAUAAAAUUAAAGUCGAACCAAUUCCACCUGUCUAUUUUGAGGUAUACAAUGGAUGUCAUAAACUUAAAGACAAAUAUUAUAGAUCAUAUCACUCAUCGGUCGUAAGGAUCAUCGACAGUGAUGAUUAUGUAAUUGAAUUCGAUGCAAAAAAUGCAAAAAAUAAAUAAAUUACGAAUGGAAAUAUUAAUAUUUAAUUUGAGUACAAUCGUUCAAAUGUUUUGAAAAAGACUCAUAGUGAUUGGUAUUUAUGAGCUUAUUGUUUUAUCAUCGUUCAAUAUAAUAUGAAUAUUAUGUACAUAUAUAUUAUAUAUGUCUCUGAAAUGCUGUUAUAUAUAGAUAAUAAAUAUAUACCUACUUAA